UUUGACUACCUGUUGAGUAUAUCAUAUAACGUUUACUAGGGGACCCACCGGCUACCACCCCUCUAUUUAAGAAAAAUCUCAGAGCCAAUUGCCUCUGAAAUUACCGUCUACUACGCCACUGCCCGUCAUAUAUGCCGUAUUUGCGUCGCACACUUUGACGUAACAACAAUUUAUAACAUAAUUAUUUAUUUAUGUUUAAUCAAGUACCUAACACAUGCCGUGUGUUUCGUCACUUGAACGUUGGUGGUCGGCUCAAGUUGUGAAUGUCGUCGUAAUCGCUGUGUCCUCAUCACUGGUGUACCCAUGAUAUAAACAAGCAAAUAGCAUGAUAUGAAGAAACUUUUCGAUGGCCAGAACCUUCACAUGACGUAGCAUAGAGAUGCAAUGUCUUGGAAUAAAUGAUGAGUUGAUGCCACUUGGUCGUAUUUUAGCAAAAUUACCAAUCGAGCCUCAGAUUGGUCGCAUGAUGGUGUUGGGAAAUAUUUUAAUGUUGGGUGACGCUUUAUCUACUAUGGCUGCUAUAUGUUCAAACAUAACAGAUAUAUUUGUAUUCGAUCACAAAAUGACACCAGCACAGCGUGCUUUCUCUGGUAACCGUUGUUCUGAUAAUUUGGGUUGACUAAAUGCUUUUUUCAUGAAUGGCAAUCUUUGGCCUAUUGUAAUAUUAAUCCAACAGAAUACUGUGAACAUAAAAUGUUGUUGCAAUCAUCAUUGAUUACAACAGAAGAUGCCAUGGUACCUACUUAUAUUCAAAGUUAUUUAUAAUAUUUAAAACA